AUGUCUGAGGAAGAAAAUGUGGAUAUUGAACAGGAAUUGCUAAACUUAUUAACAAAUGUUCAACCAAAUUUACAAGAUGUAAUCAAAAGGAGUUUCACAAAUGUCGUCUUCCAGCAGACUAAAAAUGGUGAACAAAUAAAGCCUGAUAUUCUUGAGGAUACUUCAUAUUUUGCUAAAAACACUCAGGUAAACCUGUCAAGGCUGGAGUUGAUAAAACCACCUACAUUCCACCUGCAGAGCUUGUCACUUGAUCUGAAGUCAAUGGCACUGAGCUUAAGAUGUUCACUAGGAGAAGUCAAUGUAAAAGGCCUAUACAGUGCAUUUAAUGAAAACCUUUACAAUUUAAUACCUGUAUUAUCUGAAGGUCAUGUUUUAAUAUCUUUAUCAAACAUGACAGCAGAUGUGAAUGUUGGCUUAAUAAUAGAUGAUGAUUCAUUCUCUUUUAUUAAUCCCGGAAUAGAUUUUGUACAUGAUGAAGUGGUAGUAAAGCUCUCAUGGCCAUCACCUCAAAGAAAUGGUGGAUAUGAGUUCACUACAACAGAGCAGUUGGCAAAACAUAUAGAUGAUCUUCCCCUAACUGCAGCUCUAUCGCUACCUCUGUAUGCGCUGUUACGACAUAAACUGCAAAGGCACCUCUCUCAGGUGCUACGUCAAGCGACUAGUGUUUCCGACAUGGUGUAUUCCAACCCUAGUUUACUUGAAGUAUACAGCUCAAUGGUGAACAACAUGGCGCAGAACGGAAACAGGGUCAUCGACAUGAUAUUAAUAAACAUGCGCCGGACACUAUUGCAAACUUGUCGUGAAGUGUUGGAGCUGCCUUCAGUCCAUGCCACUUUCAUGCAUAAGAUUGGUUCAAUAUCGUUUGUGGGUAGAUUCGAAACGGGAACUGGUUGGUUGAAGAACUUGGCAACGAUAAACAGGAUAAACGAUGUCAGCGUAACCAAGCCGGACCCAAUGAAAACAAGUUUUCGUGUCACACUCAAGAUUAAAAACUUACAGAUCGGGUACGAGGAGUACCGUAUGCGCGCGAUGGGCGUGUCAUGCGGCGGGAGACUAGCAGCUUCGUUUGCCGACUGCACGCUACAUUUAGCGUUGUCUGUAGGUUUGCAGCACUGGGAGCCCUACGCACAGCUCGACGAUCUACGCCUGCAUCACCUGCAAUCGAUGGAUCUGCACGUAACGGGUCUGGGUCCGCUGAGCGGCGCGUGCGCGCUGGUGAGCUCGUGGGCGCGCGGCGCGGCCGCGGCGCACGCGGCGCCCGCGCUGCUCGCACAGCUCACGCACGAGCUGCACACCGCGCUAGCGGAGCUGCCCCUGUGGGACCUACUGCACGGCAAGCAAUAG